AUGCUAAAGCUCUUUAUUAUAGAGAACAUGAAUUUGAGACUGCCAAUUUAAAAGCAAUUUAAUCAUUAAUAUCUCUAUAUACAAAUUUGGGAUUGCAAGAAUCAGUUAAUGGUUUAUUAACUUAUGCUAAAUAAUCUUUAAAAAUUUAAGUCUAAAAUAUAGAUUAUGAGAGAUUAAAAAAAUGGGAUGAAGCCUUAUAAGAAUAUAGAUAAUAAUAAUUAAAAUAUGAAAAUGAUUAAAAAAAUGGAUUUAGCUAUAAAAUUAGUUGUUCCCAAAAUGAGAUGUUUAAAUGCAUUAAUGCAAUGGUAAACAUUGAUUAGUCAAGUAGAGGAAAUAUUUAGAAGUAAUGAAGAUGCAAAAUAAAAGGAAAUUGCUCAUUGA